GAACAGCAGGUGGCAGAAUCCGCACCGUUGCAAACAAAGACAGCCGAAGAAGCGCCCCGGAAGCCCGAGCAGCAGGGUGUCUGAUGCCGUGCUAUGGGUCUGCCUUAAUCUUGCAGAUCUACUCUGACGACAGGCUCCCCCCUAACCACCUUUUGGACAUGCAAGGCUUCUACUCCAAGCUCAACUCCUCGCCCUCCUCGUCUCCCCUGUUGGGAGUGGGCCUCCGGGCGGACGGCGCAGCUCGGGUGCCCCUCAGCUUGGCCGUGGAGGCGGAGAAAGCGCAGGCCCUCCUGCAGACCUUCAGCUCCGCCUCCCUGCUGGCGUCGGCUGGACUCGGGGCCUUCUGCGUGCUGGCAGAUCACGCCCUCCAGCUGCCCGCCGUCCACCAGCACCUGUGGCUGCGCGCCGCCUUGGACAACGCCACGCAUGGACUGGUGGGGCUGUGGUCGUGGGCCGUUGUGAUCGGACUGAGGAAAAAGAGUGAUUUGUACGAGGUGCUGCUGGCGGGGCUCCUGGCAUCUAUUAUAGACCUGGACCACUUCUACAUGGCUGGUUCGCUGUCACUCAAGGCUGCCGUGUCGCUGCCUCAGCGCCCUCCCCUCCACUGCUCCUCCCUCAUCCCCGUCGUCUGCCUCUCCCUCCGCUUCCUCAUGUGGAUCGGCCGCCUAAAGGACGCUUGGUGCUCCCUGCCGUGGAUGCUCUUCAUCUCCAUGACGACGCACCACGUGCGGGACGGCGUGCGCCACGGCCUGUGGCUCUGCCCGUUCGGCAACACGGCGCCCGUCCCCUACUGGCUGUACGUCAGCACCACAGCGACACUUCCGCACCUGUGCUCCGUGCUCAUGUACCUGACGGGAACCAGGGACGUGAUCUCCACCAAACACGGCGUCGCGAUCGACGUGUAGACGUCACGGAGUUUGGGGCAGGGGUCAGCGAACAUCGCUGAGGCGGCGUUGACUAUCCCUGGACAAAAAUGUUCUUGACAAAUUCAGACAUUCAAAUACUUGAAAUGACUGGCGAACAAUCUACAACACUUGAAGGAUUAAGAUGUUUUUUUUUUUAUUUAUUUAUUUAUUUAGGCGAGGCCAUUUUGACAGUUCCUGUCAGGCAUUGACAUAGACACCUAUGGCCGUUGGGUUGAUAAUUCAACAUAGAUCUUGAAUGAAUAUUGAAAAAGAGGAUGCGGGUCCUCAAGUUUGAAUUGAUUGUACAUUUUCCUCAAUCCGCAAGGGACCAUAAGUAUACAUACAGUCUCAAAUAACUCCAUUCAGUCUCUUACCAUGUUGCAAAUUAGCCACAUGCUUUUUUUUUGUGGCUGUCAGCAAGAUUCUGGCUGAAUUAUCAGGGAUGGUAGUUAACUUGAAUAGCUUUUGUUUUGUUUUUUUGAUACGGACCCAUCUUUUAAACGUACUUAUAAACUUUCAAUAGUGUUGAGAUCGGGGCCAUUCCAGAACCCAGAUGUUAGUCCGCUUCACCCUUUGCAAAAGCAGUUUGGAUUUGUGUUUGGGAUCUUUGUCCUGUUUGAAAACAACCAAGUUGUGCUGGACAGCUGGUUGGAAGGGGAAGUCCUCCUCCUUAAGUGUUCCUUCCGCUUAAUACAACUCACUUAUAUCGCCAGCAGCGAGGCUGAUCCACAGUGUGAUAAGUUGUUGCAGUGUUCUCAGGGUUUAAAGCCUCGUUUUGACUUCUCCAAACAUGCGUCGCGUCAUCGUGGCUGAGCAGCUCCGACCGCGAAACGUUCUUCUAACAGCGUUUGGCUCGUCCAUAGGCUCAGCUGCUCAUGUCGGUUGACCGUGUUGUUUUAAUGUUUUGAGCAGACGGCGCUCUCUUGGUCUCCGUCCUCUGUCUGUAACAAUUUAAAACCGGCUUCACCAGUUAGUAAUGGGACCCUUAGCCUCACGCCUGGGUGGUUCCUUCUUUGUUCCUAAUCACUCUGGCUAAUUUAAUUUAAUCUCAGGAUGACGGUUUGGGUCAAAAGGUUAAAACUGGGACUCAGUUGAAUGCGCUAACAGGUCUGUGAUCCCAUACGCAAAUCCAAACUGAUUUUUGCAAGGGAUAAAGCUGGCUAACACGAGGGUUCUGGAAUGGCCUGGACCUUAACUCUCUUCACAGGCAAUUAGUAUAAAAAAAUAAUAAAUAAAAAAAUCUGGGAAAUAUGUUCUAGAUUUAGAAGUUUGCCAGAAGCUUGUUUAUUGCUCCAUCUUAUUGGCGGACAUAUGACCAAUUAUUUAUGAGGGGGUUGUAUAUAUUUGAGUAUGUAGGUAAAGUUUAGCCCCGUGGAUUAGAGAAAAUAAGCAAUAAAUUUAAACUUCUGCAACAAAUUAUUCUUAAAAAUAACUAAAGCUGAGUGAGUUCAAACACAUCAUCAACACAACAAAAUUACGUAUAUUUAUCUUUAUAAGUGUAAGUAAACAUCUGAUCCGAACUGUAUCAGAUUAAAAAUGUGCUUUUUGUUUUGGCUAAUAUCUUUGGAUUAAAGGACCAUUCCAAAAAA